AGUGGCGGGUGCGCCGCGCCGCGCCGCCGCCUCCCCGCGGAGCAGCCGAGGGAUGCUGCUGCGCCGCGGCCGGGCAUAGGCAGGAGACGAGCGGGCGGGGGAGGGAGCAGAGGGAAGGAAGGAAGGAAGGAAGGAAAGACGGAAAGAAAAGAUACCCCCAUCCCUGAGGGAGAGAAAAAAAGAAGAGAAGCGAGGAGGAGCGUCAAUGUGAAGGAAUGUGCCUGUCCGCCGCCGGAGCCGCACCUUUGGGAUAAGGAGAAAUAAACCGAGGAGCCUGAUUCUUGCGACUUGUUACCCGGGGAAAAAGGAAAAAAAAAAACAAAAGAAAAGCCAUCGAGCGGAGGGAGAAGGAGAGCGACGAGGCUGAAGCGGGCAGUGCAAGAGGCGGGCGCCCGGCGGAUGGAGCGGCCGUCCCGCUGACUCCGCGGCCGCGGGAGGGUGCGCGGCGCGGCGCACGCUAUGCCGGCGGCGUGACUGAGCGGGGUGCUCCCGCCGCCCGCUUCGCUGCGCUCCCCUCCGCCCCACUCCGCUCUCCUCCGCCCCCCUCCGCCGCAUGCCGCCGGCAGCCGCGGCACGCUGAUGCCCUGGAGCCGCGGCGGCGCUGCGGACGGCCCCUAGGAUGAGCGAAGGGGCUGCCGGCGCCGCGGCGCCCGGGGCGGCAGAGGCGGCAGCGGCGGGGGGCCCGGGCGGGGAUGGGGCCGGGGGGCCGCCGCGGGAGCUGCGCUGCAGUGACUGCAUCGUCUGGAACCGGCAGCAGACGUGGCUUUGUGUGGUCCCCCUCUUCAUCGGCUUCAUCGGCCUGGGGCUCAGCCUGAUGCUGCUCAAGUGGAUCGUGGUGGGCUCCGUCAAGGAGUACGUCCCCACCGAGCUGAUGGACGCCAAGGGCGUGGGGCAGGACCCCUUCUUCCUCUCCAAGCCGACCGCCCCCCCACGCGGCGCGGAGACCACCGCCGCUGCCACGCCGCGGCCGCCCAGCCGCGUCAGCCCCCGCCUCACCACGAUGAGCCGGGCCCCCCCGCGGCCAUCGGGCACCCGCGGCCCGGCGCGGAGCGGCCCGCGGCCCACCACGGCGCGACACCCCGCCGCACCCCACACGGCGCCGCCCGCCAGCGGCCCCCCCGGCACGGCCGGCCGCGGCGCUCGGCCACCGCCCGCCACCCCUAGCACCCCGCCGCUGCCCGCCUGGCCCACUGCGGCACACGCUACCUCCUCCUACAAGAUCUAUGUCCACGACUCGGCACCGUCCUGGACCUUGUCUCCCUUCCAGGAGUCAACCACCACCACGACGGAGGCCAGCACGACCCCCAAAAUCCAUACUACAACGUAUUCCACUGAGCGAUCUGAGCACUUUAAGCCAUGCAAAGACAAGGAUCUUGCAUACUGUCUCAAUGAAGGGGAAUGCUUUGUGAUUGAAACCUUAACAGGAUCACAUAAACACUGCCGGUGCAAAGAGGGCUACCAGGGAGUCCGCUGUGACCAAUUUUUGCCGAAAACCGACUCAAUCUUGUCAGAUCCAACAGACCAUUUAGGAAUUGAAUUCAUGGAGAGCGAAGAAGUGUACCAGCGCCAGGUGCUGUCUAUUUCCUGUAUCGUCUUUGGCAUAGUCGUAGUGGGCAUGCUUUGUGCAGCGUUCUACUUCAAAACAAAGAAACAAACAAAGCAAAUUCACGAACAGCUGAAGGAAACACAGAAUAGAAAAACCUAUAGCCUGAACGCUUCCAGCAUGAUGGCAAAGUCAGAGUGUGUGGCACAAAGCCGAGUCCAGCUGCAAAAUUAUUCAAAACCAGAUAGGCAUCCUGGGCCUAUUCUGGACCAAGUUAUGGAGUCUAGUUUUUCAGGCCCUCCAUCUUUCCCAGAGGCCUUGUCUCCCGACAGAGGAACGCAGCCCAUCAAGCAACACAGAAGUCUCUCUUCAUGCUGCAGCCCGGGACAAAAGAGUGGGAUGCUACACAGAAAUGCCUUUCGCAGGACACCUCCCUUACCUCCGGGUAGGUUCAAUGGAAUUACAGGACCAGCAUAUCAACAGCUGGAAGAGUCAAGGAUUACAGACCAGGAUGCAAUGCCUUGUCACGGGUAUUCAUCCGGUGGUUUAAAAACUCCUCAGAAUACUUCAAUAAAUAUGCAACUGCCUUCAAGAGAGACAACUCCUUAUUUUAAUAACGUGGAUCAGAAGGAUUUGGUCAGCUAUUCAUCUUCAAGGGCCAGCUCCGUUCCCAUCAUCCCAUCUGUGGGCUUGGAUGAAGCCUGCAUGCAAAUGCAAAAUGUUUCUGAAGUAAGAGGCAUCAAAUGGUGCAAAAACUCCUAUUCAGCUGAACUUGUCCAUGUGAGUUCCCCAGUCAGUAAUUGUCUUAUAGCAGAACAACACGAAGUGAAAAUAUUGCUAGAAACUGUGCAGGAGCAGAUUCGGAUUCUGACAGAUGCGAGGCGAUCGGAGGACUAUGACCUGGCGAGUGUAGAAGCAGAGAGCAGCGCAAGUGAAAACACAGCCUUCCUGCCCAUGAGCCCCAUGGCCAAGUCAGAGCGAGAGGCACAAUUUGUCUUAAAAAGCGAAACACAAAGAGACUCAGUAUUGACCAAGUGACU